AUGCUCAAUGAUUCCGGUCCGGAAUCGGUCGGUUUGGGAGCACCGAAUCGGAAUAAUUUUAUUCUCGCUCCCGGAGCUCCGGGAAUCUAUUCACUUCGCACGGCUCGCAUGUUUGAUUUCGAGGUGGAACCGACUGUGAGCACAAAAGUGGUUUGCCACGAUUUUGGCCGACCGCAACAACUCACCUCGGCCCGAGUGAUUGUUGUUCGGGUGUUGGAUGUGAACGAAUUUCAACCGGAAUUCUCCCGUCGAGUGUACAUCGGUCGUGUUCCGGAGAAUGCCCCAGCCGGAAUAGAAGUACUAACCACCACGGCGACAGAUCGUGACCGAGGCGCCGCGUUACAUUACUUUUUUGCUCCUCCACCCCCACAACAACAACAACAACAAAUGGGAUCUGGGACGAGUGGUUCCAGUUCUUCCGGGUGGUCCCGUUCCAACUCGGGCGCUGGUGAUGAACCAGGUGGAGCGGAUAAAAUAGGUGUCAAUAAAUAUUUUGUCAUGGAACCGGAAACUGGAAUUAUUCGAACCAGUCAGGUGAGUACAACUGGCGGGACCUGA